AUGAGCGUCAUUACAGCAACUUCACAGCGAGCCCCGGUGACUUUCCGAGAUUACGACAACCAAUACUCCGUUGCAAUCCAGGACGUUCCUCCCCGACGAGGCUCCGCUGCAUCGGUUUCUUCAUAUACCAGUAACUAUAGCAGCAGCACAUACAGCAGCACACCACCCACCGUCUACUCUCCCACCUCCCCUAAACCUGCAUACCGAGUCUUUAAACAACAGACCGCCGGCGCACAGCAGCAGCCGCCUCCUACUCCAACUAUUCCUCCUUCCUUUUUGACUCUACCACGCCAACCGAAUGAGCCCGCUAUUAAAUGCUUGCCGCCGGCAGUAUAUGAAUGUAUAUUGAAACAAUUGCAAGAUUUGCACGAAGCGCCAGAGAAUUACCAGUAUGGUUGCACGACAUGUUUUCAGCGAGAUUUACAUGCCUUGGCCCUCACAAGCCGGACUUGGGAGAGGAACGUGAGGAGUAAACUAUAUAACUAUAUUCAUAUCCACGGCGCCGAUUCACCAGCUCAAUUGAAGAAAUAUCGACUCAAACGAGGCAGCAGGCUGAAACUGUUAAGACGGACAUUACGAGAACGAAAGUUGCUGGCGAAUUUGGUUCUGGAAUUGCGUAUCCCCGAAAUCGAUGUCUCGCCAACCGUCGCAAAUGGCAAGAUGAAUCCGCAGUGGGAAGACUACCGUGACCUCGUCGCCUCCGUUGUUAUGGUCUGUCCGAAUCUGGAACGUCUGAUCGGAUUCAAUAUGUCUUUUCAUCACGAAUUUGAUCGUUUAACGUACGCUUUGUCGACGCGGAAACGUCUCAGGGAGCACCAAUGGAUUCUGGGAGAGCCGCUUGAUAGUACAGUCUCGAUUGACGAUAAGAAUUCGAGGAAUACGUCGUCUUCAUCGCCGACAAAGAUGUCGAGAACCAAUGGAAAGAUGCUUGAACCCCAGCAAGCUUUUGAAUUUCUGCAUUACCAUUCGUGUUGGAGCAAUUUGGAAACUCUGAUGCUUCAUUCACUCAACAUGGGCGGUGUGCUCGAACAUGGUGUUUUCUUGAGGAUUUUUAAUCGUCUACCAGCGCUACGAAAUUUGUGUAUCUCUUCUUUCGAUGCUGACGCUUUUACGGAUCGUACUUUACAGUUUCUGCCGCCGCUUCAGUCAUUACGUUUGGAGAAUUUACGAGGAGUUACAGACGGGGGUAUAGCACAAUAUGUGUCACGACCGGAGGCUCGCACAAUCCAAUCUUUGACUUUGAUCGAGCAGAAUAUAAGUUCUCUCUUGGUCAUUUCUAAAAUUUUCGCUUCCUUACGACUGCUGGAAAAAUUCAACUUCGUUCAGUCGACGCGAUUACCUACUCUUCCCUCCGAAGCCAUGGUCUUUCAACCGAUCCUUGCAUCAGCCAGUCUUAAAAGAUUACAUUGGGACGUGAGUGGACCUGAAUCCGCAGCUGGACUCGGCAAGUUGUUGGAUCUACCCUUUGUGACUCCUCAUAAACCAUAUGAUUCACCAAAUUUCCACCUGGCACAAAGCAUCCUUUACUCGGGGUUCCCACAUUUGGCAGAGCUACGAGCUCCGUCGGAUAUUGAGCCUCCCGGAAUUCUUCAAUCGGUCUGUCGACCUGUUCCACACGGACAGGCUUUGAUUCCUUCGGAUCGAUAUAGUCUACCGCGAAGUUCUCAUGGCUCAGUCAGCACACGACCCUUGGCUUUGCCGGCUGGAAACAAUCUGACAUCAGCGCGAAUUCGAGCUCAGACCUUCAUCGACAUGGCUGCAAAGGAUAGCGAGGCCGGUAUGAAAGUGCUCGUCACUGAUCACUCCGACUCGUAUAUCCCCGAUAGCGCCAUGGAUGGAGAAUCAGACGAUGGCUCAGAUGAAGAGGACGAAGCAAACAAAGAUCUUUUCGGCGGCUCGUAUCCAGGAGUCCAAAACCCAGCUCUGUCAGAUCAGGUUGACGAAUCGAAUCCCAAUGGACCGAAGAAGAUCUAUGAAUUUCGCAUGCCGGCAAUCAUGGGAAUUGUGCGGGCUGUAACGCCUCAUGAUACAACCGGAUUAGGAUCGAUACCACGCUUCGAUAUCCAACCUGAUGUUCGUGGUAUUGACUCUGACGGAGGCUUGCUAGGAUGGAAACAUCUACUAGGCCCCGCGCAAAUGAGCAGUAGCAACACAGCACAACAACAAUCAUUCUCUUCACUAUCUCAUACAUCGUCCUUCUCAUCAUCCUCCACGAACACCAACCCAGACCAUUUGAAACGAAGCGAAAGCGACCUGAGCACAACAGACUCGAUUGUUUCACCCACAACGACAUCGGCAACAUCCCGACUCGCAAGCUGGAGCGGCUUCGGCUCUCGCUCUAAUAAUAACUCUUCCACAACGACACCAACGAUAACAUCACCAACAACGACAGCCUAUCCCCCAACUCCGAUAUCAUACUCCUUCACUCCGUCAGUAAAUAAUUCGCCAUGGGGAAGAGAUACGUGCAACGGAGCCUGGAAUUCAGGCCAUCCCAAAGAUUGGUGGAUGCAUUUUGAGCGCGAACGACAGAAUAACAUGGAUGUCAUUGACGUAAAAAGAUUCUUCUAA